CCAUCCAGUAACUAAAUCAGGCAAUCUUCAUCAAGAUGAGUCCACCGGCAAUGCUGAGCAAAGAUACGCCCGAUAUUGAGGACCUGUUGGCCUUAAAUCCACGCGUUAAGACGCAGUGCAGCGUUGUGCCCACGAAGCAGACCAAGGAGAACAAGAAGCAUUGGAAACGCAAUGCGGAUCACACCGCAGUGCCGUGCACAACGCUGGCUAAUAACUUUGAGGAUAUUAAGCAUACGACACUGUCGGAGCGUGGGGCUCUUGAGGAGGCUGCACGCUGUCUGAAAUGCGCCGAUGCGCCCUGCCAAAAAUCCUGCCCCACCCAGCUGGACAUUAAGAGCUUCAUCACGAGCAUUGCCAAUAAGAAUUUCUAUGGCGCUGCCAAGGCAAUUUUCUCGGAUAAUCCGCUGGGCCUCACCUGCGGCAUGGUCUGCCCCACAAGUGAUCUGUGCGUUGGCGGCUGCAACCUGCAGGCCUCCGAAGCUGGCCCCAUCAACAUUGGUGGUCUCCAGCAGUUUGCCACCGAGGUGUUUAAGCGAAUGGGCGUACACCAGCGACGCUCGCGAGAUCUCAAGCCGCUGGCGCAGCCGAACAAGAAGAUUGCACUGCUGGGUGGCGGACCUGCGUCACUCUCUUGUGCUACAUUCCUUGGCCGUUUGGGCUACACAGAUGUUACCAUCUAUGAGCGCCGCAGUUAUCUGGGCGGUCUAAGUUCUGCGGAAAUACCGCAAUAUCGACUGCCCAUCGAUGUGGUUAAUUUUGAGAUUGAUCUGGUUAAGGAUCUGGACGUUAAAUUCGAAUUGCAACGCUCGCUUAGCACCAAGGAUUUGACCAUUCAAGGCUUGCUGUCCAGCGGACACGAUGCAAUCUUUGUUGGCAUCGGCCUGCCCGAACCAAAGAUCGAUCCUAUUUUCAAUGGCUUAAACACUCAGACGGGUUUCUAUACGUCCAAGAACUUUUUGCCAUUGGUCUCUGACGGCUCUAAGCCAGGUCUCUGCGCCUGUAAGUCGGCCCAGUCGCUGCCCAAGCUUUACGGCAAUGUUAUUGUCCUGGGUGCCGGCGAUACAGCCUUUGAUUGCGCCACUUCCGCGCUUCGCUGUGGUGCGCGUCGCGUAUUCGUCGUCUUUCGCAAGGGCUCGUCUGGCAUUCGGGCGGUACCCGAGGAGGUGGAACUGGCGCGUGAGGAGCGUUGUGAGAUGAUGCCAUAUUUGAGUCCGCGCAAGGUCAUUGUCAAGGAUGGCCAGAUCACGGCCAUGGAAUUCUGUCGCACCGAGCAAAAUGAUCAGGACGAAUGGGUUGAGGAUGAGGAGCAGACAGUGCGUCUCAAGGCAAACUUUGUCAUCUCCGCUUUUGGCUCUGGACUGCAAGAUCCGGAUGUAAAAGAUGCGCUGUCUCCGCUGUUAUUCCGUAGCGGAUUGCCGGUCGUAGAUCGCCAAACGAUGCAGAGCAGCGUGCCACAGGUCUUCAUUGGCGGUGACUUGGCUGGUGUGGCCAACACCACCGUGGAGUCGGUCAACGAUGGCAAAGUGGCCGCCUGGAGCAUCCACUGCCAGCUGCAGGGCCUGCCACUGGACACACCCGCCGCACUGCCACUCUUCUAUACGGAUAUUGACAACGUUGACAUAUCCGUAGAGAUGUGUGGUCUGAAAUUCGAGAAUCCCUUUGGACUGGCCUCCGCACCGCCAACCACCAGUGCAGCGAUGAUACGCCGCGCCUUCGAGCAGGGCUGGGGAUUUGUAGUGACAAAGACAUUUGGCCUGGACAAGGAUAUGGUUACGAAUGUUUCGCCGCGCAUUGUGCGCGGUACUACCUCCGGCUACAGGUACGGACCGCAACAGGGUUGCUUCCUCAAUAUUGAGCUGAUAUCCGAGAAGCGCGCCGAAUAUUGGCUGCGCUCCAUUGGCGAGCUGAAGCGCGACUUUCCCGAGAAGAUCAUCAUUGCGAGCAUCAUGUGCGGCUACAACGAGGCAGACUGGACGGAACUGGCUAUCAAAGCGGAAAAGUCUGGCGCCGAUGCCCUGGAGCUAAAUCUAUCCUGCCCACACGGCAUGGGUGAGAGUGGCAUGGGCUUGGCCUGCGGUCAGGAGCCCAAGUUAGUCGAGGAUAUCUCGCGUUGGGUGCGCAAGGCUGUCAAAGUACCCUUCUUUAUCAAGCUAACGCCAAAUAUCACCGACAUUGUGUCCAUUGCCCAGGCAGCGCAACGUGGUGGCGCCGAUGGCGGCUCUGCAAUAAAUACGGUUCAGGGUUUGAUGAGCCUGAAAGCGGAUGCCACAGCUUGGCCAGCUGUUGGUAAGGAGCAGCGCACCACAUACGGCGGCGUCUCUGGCAAUGCCACACGUCCCAUUGCGCUGCGUGCCGUUUCGGAAAUAGCCAAAAAGCUGCCAGGAUUUGCCAUAUUGGGCAUUGGAGGCAUUGAUUCCGGUGAGGUGGCGCUUCAGUUCCUUCAGGCUGGCGCCACAGUGCUGCAGAUCUGCUCCUCCGUACAGAAUCAAGACUUCACGCUCAUUGAUGACUAUUGCACCAGCUUGAAGGCUUUGCUCUACCUGAAGGCGAAUCCUCCGCCAGUCAAUGGCGCCUUCUGGGAUGGCCAAUCGCCGCCAACGCCAGUGCACCAGAAGGGCAAGCCUGUCGUUCAUUUGACCGGCAGUGGCAACCAAACGCUCGGCUUCUUUGGUCCCUAUCAGCAGCAGCGUGACAUCAAAUUGGCCGACUUGCGCAAGCAGAAGGGCGCCUUUUGGGAUGCGCAACAGGCAACCGUAGACGCGACCAGCUCCGCUGAUGUUAAGCCCGCACCCAAAAUUACAGAUGUCAUUGGUGCGGCUCUGCCGCGCAUCGGUGCCUACAAGAGCCUCGACAACAAGCAACAGAAGGUGGCUCUAAUCAAUGAUGACAUGUGCAUCAAUUGUGGCAAGUGCUACAUGACUUGCGCUGACUCCGGCUAUCAGGCAAUUGAAUUUGAUAAGGACACGCAUUUGCCGCACGUCAACGACGACUGCACCGGCUGCACUCUCUGUGUCUCCGUCUGUCCCAUCAUCGAUUGCAUUCGCAUGGAGCCGAAGCAAAUACCGCAUGUUAUUAAGCGCGGCUUGGAAGAAAAGACGUUCUACACGCAUGCCCUUAGCCCAAGCCAAUAAUCAAAAUAUUAUAUUCGUAUAUGUAUGUAUAAUAAUGUAUGUGUU